GGAGUAUUAAUAUAACAAUUAUAAAAAAUACUAAAUGCUUUUUCAAUUUUUUGAUUUAAAACGGCGUGCUACAUAUUUUAAGAAUACAUGUUGCCAUUGCCAGCGUAACAAAAAUGUUUUCCCCUGUUCGCCUAGUUCAACUAAGUAUUUUCUUGUUUUCGACUCAUCUAGUUAUAUGCAAACUGGAGUUUACCAACAUUAAGUGCGUUACCUUCGAUCCAGAGUUUGCCGUCUUUGACUAUUGCUUUUUAAAAUCAGUUAAUCGUACAUACAAGUACUAUUCCCUAAAAGUGAAAUUGCUAAAGACACCUGUUACCAACGUAAAAAUCAACAUAGCAACAUUCCAGAGAUUAAAUGGCUAUAAGCUCUUUCUGUAUAACGUAACCGUUGAUGGCUGCCGGUUUUAUAAAAACCAAAGAUCGAAUCCAGUUUUCUCUUACUUUUUCAAUUUCUUCAUAGCUUACUCCAAUUUAAAUCAUUCCUGCCCCUACGACCACGACAUCAUUUUGGAAAAGGUUUCUAUAAGUCAUGUAACUAACGUUCUUCCAGUUCCCCAUGGAGACUACCUAUACCGAGCGGACUGGUAUGCUUACAACAUUAAGCGUGAUACUGUGGACGUAUUCGCCAAAAUAUAUUAAGCCAAAAAUAAUUUAAAAAUAAAACCAAUACAUU